UCAUAAUCGUAGCACCUAGCGGGUAAAUUUCGACUGUAUAGAUCGACCUCUUCAAUGAUUACGUCUGGGAUGGGUGAGAUAAUGGCUUCUGUAGAUUUUAUUACCGGCAUUUGGCAGAAGUCAAGGAGUGGUUGAGUUACCCGUACUACCUAUUGUAGUGAGGUUGUAUAUGACCAGACACCAGCACACGAUUGGCAUCUUAUCUUGUUGAGCCAUAAUACUUUAAACCAAAAGCAACAUCUCACUAUAGACAUGGUCUCAUCAAUAUUAUUGUCAUAUGAGUUCCUCAAGCCUACCAUCCUCUUUGCGGCAGCCACUUUUCUCACCGCUCUAGCUUUGCAUUUCUCUCCCAAGCUUCGUCCCCUUUUCCUUCCUCCAACAUGGUUCCUCACAUUCUGGUCAUUCGCCUCUAUUAAAGGGAAAACCACCUCUGGGAGUUUAAUCGGGCUAGAAUCUUACACGGCAAUAACAUGUAUCAUUUACAUGCUGAUCCUCCCUCGAAUCUUAUGCUUCAAGAGUCACUCAUUGUUACCAGGGAUUGAGGAUGAGAGCAAGCCUAGAAGAUCAGGCAGCUCCGCUCUAGCGCCUACGAGGUCUAGUAUAUCGGCUUCGUGCUGGAUUUGGAACAAUCCUCGACACUUGCCCUGCCCACGACCACGGAGUAGAUCGGUCUCCUGGUCUGAGCUGCUUAGGUAUGCGCUCUUCCGUAUUUCCAGGGUUGGGACGAUUAUCCUCAUCGAUCGGCUCCUCGUUCAAACCUUGUGCGAACAUAUCACCGCUACUAGCACCAUACUCGAUUUCACGCCGGACCAAGAGCCGAUUCUUCGGCGUCUACUUGAAAGAGACGAAGAUGAUCCAGUCUCGAGGCAUCAGCUCCUCCUAAGAGCGUUCAUAUGUGUCUCCUGGAUAUGGACAAACGUGCUCGUACUCGAGUCAUACCACGCCCUGCUCUCCUUGCUAUUCGUCGUCGUACUACGCUUCGACGGGCCGGCGGACUGGCCGCCGCUUUUCGGUAGCCCGGCGGAGGCGUGGACGGUCAGACGGUUCUGGGGCAGGUUCUGGCACCGCAUCGCGUCGCCUACCUUCCGCGUGUACGCUGAGGCCUUUUCGCAACAUAUCCUAAAGCUGGAACCAGGAUCGGCCGUCGAGAAGGUCGUAGUCGCGUUUGAGAUAUUCCUUUCGUCCGGGCUUAUACAUGCCGUAACGGCUUGGAAAGUGGGCCAGGGAGAGGGCCGGCGUGAUUUGCUCUUUUUCUGCGCUUAUUAUUUUGUCAUAGGGGGCGAGAUCCUCGCGUCUAAACUUUUUGGGAACUUGGUGAAGGGAACGAGGUAUGAAGUGUUACUAAAGGAUUCGAGGGUAUGCGCUGUUGGAAAAGCUUUGGGGUUUGUGUGGGUGUUCGCUUGGUUCUUUUGGUCAACGCCCAGGUGGCUCUAUCCCAAGAUUCUUCGUUGGUCUUUGAAGCAGGCGAUAUUACGAUCACGAGUGUAGACAGAUCAUAAUGAUUACUUGAAUAUUCUGCGUAACCCAAAUAAAAGCC